AUGGCGCCUUCCGGCUCCUCCAGCGCACCCGUAGAGUCUCGCUGGUCGAAAUGGAGCAAGUCCGCCUUCGAUACUUCCAUCGUCGUGUCAGACUGGGCUGCCGGCUAUGCUAACGCCGCCUCAGCAAAGGUCGGCGGUGAGCGGUUCUGGCCCAAAUCCAACGAUAUGGUAGAGGAGAUAGAGAAGUGCGCAAGGAUACUCCGUGCCUUCACUGUAGAGGGUCUAGAGACGCAGCAGAAAGAGGAAGAGGCGGAAGUGAUUGUAGAUGCCAAGGGAAACAAGGUCAAGAAGAGGAGGAAGGUUCUGAAGAAGAUUCCGCCCCAGGCUAUCAAGAAGGCCAAAGGUAUCGUCAUCUACUCGGCUAUGCGGUCUGGUAUCGCUCCUUUUGGUGGGGCAGGAGGAACCGGUCUAGUCCUUGCAAGGCUGCCCGACGGGAGCUGGUCUGCGCCAGCCAGCGUCAGUCCUAACAAUCUCAGCGUUGGGCUAUUGCUUGGCCUGGACAUCUUUGACGUCAUCUUGCUCCUGAAUACCGAAAAGGCAAUGGAGUCUUUCUACUCGCACAAAGUCACUCUCGGAGCAGAGACGGCCGUAGCAGCAGGUCCAGUAGGAUCAGGCGCUAGCAUGGAAUCGGGUUGGGAGAGGGCUCCUGUCUAUUCAUAUGUCAAGUCUAGGGGAUUUUAUGCCGGAGUGGAGGCCAUCGCGCAAGUCUUUUUGAGCAGAUUUGACGAGAACGAACGCUUCUACUAUUGGCCUGGUAUCAAGGGAGAAGAUGUUCUCAAGGGAAAGGUCAAGAGCCCGCCGAGCGUCUUCCCGCUGCACAAUGCACUCUCGGAUGCAGAGUCCGGGCGAGCUCAGGGUGGCAAGCUGGAGCGCACAGUCUAUGAUAUCGUCAAGAUCCCAAAGUCAGAUCUCAUGGCUCAUAUGCUUCAGGACGGCGAGCGGUUACGUCUGCCUCCCACGCCGGCCGAGCUCGACGCCUUGGAAGCUGCUGGCAUCCCGGACGAGGAAGACAUCAGGCUAGCCCAGAAGGAGAGGGAGGAUGUGUACAAGCUGCCACCUCCCCCGAUGCAUUCAAAGGUGAAGACGUAC